AUGAGGGAGAGUGAGAGCGCACAAUCUUUGGAGCUCUGUCUAGUAGUGUUUUAUUUCUGUUUGACUCUGCAGGAGCAUACAAGAUGCUUCCUUUUGAGAGGGAUAGGUCAGCCAGUAAGGGACAUUGUUCGUUCGGGGGAGCAAGCAGCCUCCUUACUGACAACUUGCUGUCCAUCUUUUCUCAACACCAAAUUCCUAUCAACAGUGCCAGGAAUGUUGAAACUCCUGCAAAUGUUUGUUGGAGGUGCAUGUCAAGCUCUACUGGUCAGCUAUGGAAUGGGAUUUUCGCAGCUUUUGGGCCCAUCUUACAUUUCUCUGCUUACCACAGCAUCAGCUAGUGCUGCCACAGUCACUCUCCUGCUCUUCUGCUACGUCAUAUCAAGCAACACAUUCCAUUUGAUCAGAUCUUCUUUAUUUGAACUGUUAUUCAAUAUUUCAGCAGCGACUUCUUAUUGCAGUUCAUCAAUAUUCCUGUUUUUCGCCGUGAAAUUGUACGUUUAUCCGUUGUACGUGUUGACACUGGGGAUUGUUGAUUACCCUGCUAUGAAGACUGCUUAUAUAAUGGGAUUCUGUUUGUCUAUCUUCCAUGCAGUUGAUGCUUAUUAUUCGUUCAAGCAGUACCGAGGCUUGUGAUUUCUAUGAAGGAGUGAUUUUCAAAUAAUCUGAUGCUGUGAUACGGUGCAUUCUAAUGGACAUACUUUAUCCAGAGUGUUAUCUUUCCUUGCUUGAUUCGACAACGUGGUUAGUAUUUUUUACGAAUUAAAGAUGUAGUAGUACUUUCAGAUUUAGGAAACCUUUUUGUUUGGAACUUUAUGUGGUACUGUAAAAAAGUUAACAUUAUUAUUGUUUUUAUUAUUGGGAAUUGACAUUUUUGUGUUUGAUCGGUGAUGUACGGGAAACUCUUCUUGUUUGACAUUUCAUGUCUUAUAAUUGUACGAAAUUUUCUAGACAAAGGAAAUUCAUUCAUGUCAAGUAAUUUAUGCAAUUUUCUCGUCCUUUGGUUCGGAACAAGACUAAUAUCAUAGCCACCUCUAAUACAAGGCUCCGGUUUACAAUAUUGCAACGUCGCAGCGUAGGCCUAGAAUCUAAUACAUGAUUGGUGAAAAAGAUCAGUUGGUAUUUUUAAAAUCCUUUUCACCAAUCAUGUGUAUUAGAUUCUAGGCCUACACUGCGAUCUUGCAAUAUCGUAGGCCGGGGCCUUGUAUUAGAGGUGGCUAUGCUAAUAUUGUAGGUAACAUUUCUAAUACCUAGCAACAUUUCUAUACCAAUUAUCAAGAAAUAUUUUCUAUUUUCCUGACUUUACAUUUUUAAUUUUCACUUUUUACAAUUUUUGUAACCAAGCUAUCAUGUUUAGUUCAAAUUCUUCUAGUCAAAAUUUGUUUCAUUUUAUUGUUAGUAGAUGGAUGUAAGUAGUAUUCAUGUUAGCUACUAACUCAUAGAUCAUUUCAGUGUCAUAUUUGUCGGUACAGGGUACAGUAUUGUAAUAUUUUAGUUUCUAUGAAUUGAUCUAGUCCAUUAUCUAGCUUUAAAACGUAUAUGUUAAUACUAAGUGUUUUUUUUAAAUGAAUUAAUGUCGUAUGUCACUAUUUUGUAUAAUGAACUACAAGGAGUAUUAGUGAGUAAUUGAUUAACAAACGUUAAGUUUUGGUAUCGAUAACCAAAUGAUUAACUGUAUUUUGUGAAACGUGCAUUUUUGUACCAAUUGAAAUAUUUUCUACUUUUAUAAUACAAGCAUUGAGACAUUCAAAA